GUAUAUGUCCCUACUGUCUCAUAUUUGCCGCGCUCCCUGCAUCUGUUUGCAGUGUGCGCUGACGUGCAGGCGGAUGUGAAUGCACGCUAGCAACAGAUCCGAGCGCAUGCGCAAUUCAUUGUUUUGACUGAAAAUGCCGUCUGUUUCGAAAACGGCGGCCAAUGCGUCUCCUCAAACCGAGAAACCGACCCACUAUACAUACUUGAAGGAGUUCAGGACAGAGCAGUGUCCGUUGUUCCUCCAGCACAAGUGUACGCAGCACAGACCCUUUACGUGCUUUCAUUGGCAUUUUCUCAACCAGCGGCGUAGACGACCCAUUAGAAGAAGAGACGGAACUUUUAACUACAGCCCGGACGUGUACUGCACGAAAUACGACGAGACCACAGGCAUUUGCCCAGAUGGGGAUGACUGUCCUUAUUUACACCGGACAACUGGUGACACAGAGCGCAAGUACCAUCUACGCUAUUACAAGACUGGCACUUGUAUCCAUGAGACAGAUGCUCGAGGGCAUUGUGUGAAGAAUGGCCUCCACUGUGCGUUUGCUCAUGGGCCACAUGAUCUCCGACCUCCAGUCUAUGAUAUCAGAGAGAUUCAAGCACAAGAGGCCCUUCAAAAUGGACAGUUGGGAUCUGGGGAAGGUAUUCCUGAUCUGCAGCCUGGUGUAUUAGCCAGCCAAGCUAUGAUUGAGAAAACCCUGACAGAAGACCCCCGGUGGCAAGAUACCAACUUUGUUUUAGCCAACUAUAAAACAGAUCAGUGUACUAAGCCCCCAAGACUAUGCAGACAGGGCUACGCUUGCCCCCACUACCACAACAGUAGAGAUCGAAGACGAAAUCCUAGAAAGUUCAAAUAUAGGUCAACUCCCUGCCCUAAUGUGAAACAUGGGGAUGAAUGGGGCGAACCCUCAAAGUGUGACAGUGGAGACAGUUGCCAGUAUUGUCACUCUCGCACUGAACAGCAGUUUCACCCAGAGAUCUACAAAUCUACCAAAUGCAAUGAUAUGAGACAAACAGGAUACUGCCCCAGAGGACCGUUUUGUGCAUUUGCACAUGUAGAAAGAAUUCCCUCUACAGAGGAGACCAUGAGCUCAUUGCUAACAGUGAUUCAGUCAAGUUCACAGUCCCAGCUGGGCUCUCAGCAGUAUUCAGAGUGUCCAGUCAGUGAGUGGAACAGUGGAGGCAGCUCCACCACCAGCGCAACCAGUAGCAACGGACAAGUAGGAAAUGUUUCAUGUUCUAAUAGCUCAACUGUAACUCCAAGCUCAGGAAACGACAGUUUGUUAUCCCCAGUGGGAUCCAUCAGCAGGUCCAAACCCUUAACUAAUAGUAGUUUAUGUUCAGAGUCCACCACAUCCAGUGUCUCAUCUCUGACGUCUAACUAUCCUAAAGCUCCGGGCUUUGAACGUGAGGAUCAGAUUAAGAACAAGGGGCAGUUGGAUCAGAAAUUGAUGGACCAAGAAAAACAGACACAGCAUAAUGUAUUCUCUGCGGUUAACCCUUUGGCAUCAAGCUUUACCUCCAGUAUAACAUCCAGCUUGGCCUCUAGUAUUGGCUCCGAUAGUUCUUCACCCACCACCUUAUCAACAAUGAAUGCAAAAGCCACUCCUUUCUAUCCAGGGAGCAACACAGUGGAGUCUGUCAUAGGAUCCGCUCUGGACCUUAACUUCAGUGACAUUAAUGUUGCAUCUCUUGAUAAGGAGUUUGAGGAGCAAGACAACAGUGUAGGAUUGGCAAGUCAAAGGGUGCUAGGUGGAUCUGCUCCAGUUAACAUUCCUGGCUCGCUGGCACGAUCGUCUUCUUUUAAUUCCUCGUCUUCGCUCUCCACCUCCCCGCUAAGCUCCCUCUCCCAGUCGCUGUCGCAGUCCCUGCUGUCUGGGACACUAUCGCAGCAAAAUCAACCUUCAAACAUGUUAGCCAAGCAAGAGCAUGGCCUCCUGGGAACACCCACCUCUUCUUCCCAGAAUUCUUUGGGCUUGAAUGGAGGGGCUAGCAGCAUUUGGGACUUUGUAAGUGGCAGCUUUUCACCGAGUCCAUCUCCAGUUUUCAGCAGCCUAACCUCUGGAACCAGCAGUGCUGAUCUGGCCCGCCUUUUUAGAGAUCUGGACGAGGCCAAGAGGAAAAUAAAACAAUGGGAGGAGGCCUGGCAUCAGGUCAAACAAGCCUUUGAAGCUUGCCAGAAAGACGCUCAUGAAGCAAAGGAACAAGCAAAAACGGCCGAGACAGAGCGGCAGCUGGCAGAACAAAAAUGGGAGGAAACAGAGCGCAAACUGAAGGAGCUCCAAGGGGACUUUGAUGUGCUUUGUCGUACCCCUGGAACACCUCUUCUACGUAACUAUGGAGAGCUGGAUGAGCUCCCCAUGUCAAAGCUUCACUCCAUCCAGAGUCAGCUGCGUAAUGACCUAGACCUUAUAGACGGGGUAAUAUAUCAGCUUCAGUCAAAGAAAUGUAUAGUUUGCCAAAAGCAUGAUCGUUGCAUUGUUCUGCAGCCUUGCCAACAUUAUGUACUAUGUGAGACCUGUGCACCUAGUAAAACAGAAUGUCCCUACUGUAGAACAAAAAUAUUGAAGUGGUGAUGUACAAUUACUCGAGGUACUAUUUAAAGAAUUAGCCCUUUGAAAAAACUACUAAUAGAUAUUACAUUUUCUAAAUAGCAAUGUAUGUUUCAUACAGUGAUUGAAUUAAUUUAGGAUACAAUGAUGUUUGACUGACAACACAAAUCGUAUUAGGAAUCAGAUGUGCAGGGGAUUCAAUCAUUAUAGUUUUUGCUCAUUUUAUGUGCACAUUACCUUGCUCAUCCAGAUAGCUUUCUGUAUGAAAAGCCACACUCAAAUUAGAAUAUCAAAUUACCUUGCAGUGCCCUUUCUCAAAUCUUCAAUCAUGAUUUGGACACUCUAAAGGACAUAAAUAAUGUGUCCAGAUAUCUGCUUUCCAGAAACAAAAUGUAUACAUGCAUUGCCAAGCCGACAUAUUGCUCUUAUAGUCUAUCCAAAAUUACAGAUUAUAAAAAAAUUGCAAAGAGGACCAAUACACUUGGUUAAAAGCUGUAUACACAAAGACAUUAAUGAGUGUGAGUUUGUAUUUCUGCCCUCAUGUUUAGCUUUUUAUGGAUUGAAAAGUUUUCACUGCAGUUUGGAAUUAUUGUGGAUAAAUCUCUGAUCUUUUUACUUAAUGCACUUAAAGUCCACCUGACGCAAAAACGCAAGGCAUUUCAAUCCCACGUUACUUUUGAGAAAAUACUGUGGACGUGUGUUAAAUCAAAAGGUUUUAGUGAAUCUGUUACAUCACAGAUUCUUGUAUUUGAAGAAAGAAAUACAAGAAGGAAAGCUUACUCACUGUAACAUUAUUAUUAUAUCUUAACUGAAAAGUUCUAAUUUUAAAAUUACAUAUUAAAAAACUCUUAUGUCCUUCUCAUACUGUAAGUCUUUAAGUCAUUUUUCAGUCAUUUUGAUGGUGGGAAAAGUCUGAUAAGCAAAGUAUUCUUUGUAAUAAUAUCAAGGGGAGUUGCCAUGUAGCCCACUGAUCCCAUAGGUGAAUUGGAAAAUGAAAUGGUCGCUGUUGUGGAACAAAACUAUCCCACACAAUACUACAUAAAUAUAGACGAAGCCAUUGUUAAUAUUUUACCACAAUAAGUAGUGCCAUAGGCAUUCCAGGUUCUCAAAUGCAAAGAAAUCACUGUGUAAAUGUUUGAAACGUACUGCCAGGAAAUGUUGAGUGCACUCCCACUCAACAAGUCCGGUGAUGGUAAACAUGAAAUGGGCAAAACUCAAAGCUGAUUUUUCUUUAAUUAAAGAGGAAUACAUCGAAGGCAAAUAAUGCACUCGGGAGCUUUUGGAGGCAAAUCAUCAUUUAACCUAAGCAUACAUUUACAGAGUAUGGAGCUGCCAAAACGGAGGUGUGAAAUGGGUCACUGAUCAUCUUCAUUGUACCAGAAAGCACUUGAGCGUUCAGAAGCUCCAUGCUCAGAGGAAUUAAUACACACUUGCAUUCAACACUAAAAAUGGUAAUCUUUUGGCCAAAUUAUUGUCCAACCUUUGAGACUGAAUAUGCAGAUCUGUUAAAUGUUUCACAUCCAAUGAGGUAUUAUUGCUGAACCACACCUGUGUCUGUAAAUCAGCAGCAGUACAUCCGACUAAUCAAGAAAACACCAAAACACACAUGACACAUUUUAGUGUUCCUCUUUAAAUAAAGCCACAUUUUUAUUAACAUACAUUUUAAUGCAACCAGUCAAGCAUCAUUAUUUUGACCAACUCUCUGAAGAAGUUUCAUUUCCUAUUAAAGCACUUUGUUGACCUGGGACUUUAUUAAAGGGUGUAUAGAAUUUUUGCUUUGAGCUGCUUUGUAGGUAUUCUUUUGUCUUUUUUUAGAUUUAUAUUUUUUUUUUCUAUAUAUGUAUAAGCUAAUGUCUGAAGCUUUUGUGUGUACUGUGAAACAUAAUUUGGAUAUUUCCUCUUGUUAAAUCAUGGCAUGGUUCUAGAUAUUAAGAUUUCAUAAAAAAAAUACUUAAUAGUUUCUACUUUCAUAGUUCGAUUUAUAAAAUUUCAAUCAAAUAAGUGCAAAUUUAAAAUGCAUUUUCGGCAUAACCAGCAGCUGUAAUAUCAGUAAGGCACAUGCUACAUGUUCAGGCUGUUAUUCAAUCAGUUAGUUUUAUUUUGUAGAGAUUUAUAUAGCCUAUCCUAUUAGAGAAGCAUGUCUUGUAUUUGCUAAAAGCCUGAGAUGGUGAUUUAUUUGUAGGAAUCUAGCCUCUUGACCUUGUUUAGAACAUAUCGGCCUCUCACUCUAAAGUGCCUUGCCUUAGUUAAAAAGGUUAAGUUUAGAAUUGUCAGAGCAAACACAAGUAGGUGAAGCUUGCGCACAGGUUUCUGCAUAAUGUGUUCUGUUCAAUUUUGCAGAAGCAUUGACGUGUAUGACUAUAUGUGUAUAUAUAAAUAUAUAUGCCAGUGUAUUUGGCCCAAUCCCAUUAAGUAUUUCUGUGAAAGAUAAUUGAAAACAAACAUUGUCAGUGCCUGUGUCCUGACCUUAGAAAUGAACCUUCCCUCCAACCACCCAUCCACUCAUUCUUUGGUCGUGGUGCUCUUUUGGUGCAGCUUCAGUCUUUGAAAUUAGGUUUUUCAAUUCAACAUUUGGGAGUAUGCAAACAUAGGUCACAUGAAUUUAUAUAGCAACAUAAGGAACAAAAAACUUUUUAAACAGUUUACUGUUUAAUUUGUUGUAUUGUAAUAAUCCUGCAGUGAAUGAAGAAUUCCGUAGUUAACUUGUAAGUUGGAAAGGACUUGCUUAGGAAGUGCUUAGGUUCCUCUAAUUGAAAUGACCUUCUACUGUGUUUAAAAAAAAAAAAAAUUCAAUAGAAAAUCAUGUAUCUCCUGCUACACUUUUUGCUACUUCUAAAUAUGGGAAAAUACAUUGUUUACAUUCACAUAAAUGACUCACAUAAACUCAGAGGAAAAUUAUAAAGAGAGGUUUUGGUAUUUAAGCAUUUUCAUGAUUUGUGAUUUCAUCAUAUUAUAGCAUAAAAGGCAGGCUAAACACUUCUGGUAUUGCAUAUUCUAUUAUAACUAUUAUAUUAACCAGCUACAAAAAAGAAAAAAAAAAAAAAAAGUUUGCACUGGGUCACACUGCCGGAAUAUUUGUAUUGACUUAUUUUUAGUGUAGUAAAGGCUUAAUAACUUCUGCAAGCUUCGCUGCUACUGGAAAAGGUAUAAAUGUAGUUUAUUGUAAUACAUCUAGAUGUUUGAAUGUCGUCGUGCAUCCACUGCUCCGAUUUCAGAAACUAUGAAACAAUCUUCUGAAAAGUCUUCUGCAUCUAACGUGACUAAAUCUUAUUUUAAUUGAAUGAUUGAUUUGUGAAUCCAUUUGAGUCAAAGUGUCAGUUCUUUUAUAUAUGAUGAAUGAUGUCACAGACAUGUUCUGCUGUAGAUUGUCCCAUUUUUGAAUUGAUGGAAGGUAAAUGUACCAUACACUGGAUAGCAGUGCACGGUGCAGCUAACUUCACAAGGUUCUUUGGUCUAUUUUGGUUUGCCUGGAAGGCUAACUAAAUUAAUGAUGUCUAGUGUGGAAAUCUAAAAAUCAACCAAAGUAGUGUUCCAGUAGCUGUCCAAAUAAUUAUUCCAAAGGGAAAAUGUACCCUUGAACAGAGUU